AUGGCGAGUUGGGACGGAACCCCGUCGAAAGAGACUUUGGUGAUUGUGGGAUACACAGUUCCUACCGUCAUCUUGGUUGCGAGCACGGCACUACGACUCGGGGUCAAACUAACAAAAGACGGCCUGCAUCUAGAUGACUACUUGAUCACCCUGGCAAGCGCUUUGGAAAUGGCAUACUCCGUGACAAUUCUGGUCUGUGGUGUGGGACAUGGAUUUGGUCGUCAUGCUAAGUUUGUUGAUCUUAAAGACUUGGAAAUAUUCCUCAAGGGAGAGUACAUCGCUAGCCACCUUUACAAUAUCUUCCUUGCAGCCACAAAACUUAGCAUCCUCGUCCUGUAUUACCGUAUCUUUCCUAUACCUUGGUUCAGGAAGACCGUUAUAGGAUGUUCAGUCUUCGUCCUCGUCUGGAUCGCCGCUAUCGAGGCAACUAUGGGUGCCCUAUGCCGUCCACUGCAUGCAUUCUGGGACCUCACUGUCAAGGGCAAAUGCUUGAACUCCACGGCACUCACCUACUUUGUGAAUAGCUCCAAUAUGGUCACUGACCUCGUCCUCUUCGCCCUUCCCAUUCCAGUGAUCUUGAGUGUACGAACGACUCUAAGGAAGAAAAUUGCUCUCGUCUUCAUAUUCUCCAUUGGAUUCAUCACCUGCGGCAUCAGCGCCGCCCGUCUGGCCUACGUUGUCGCGCAAGGCUCCGCAGACAUAACUUGGGAAGGUGUCCCACUAGGUAUUCUAUCCGCCUUCGAAUCCCUCGGUGGAGUUCUCUGCGCCAACCUCCCGAUCAUCUACCGAUUGUUCAAAAAAGCUGCCCAAAACAUCAGCAGUAGUGUCUCCGGACAGAAAACCAAGACCUCCAACCUACAAUAUGGCUACGAUCCCAAAGCCUACGGCUCCAAAUCGCAUGGCCGUCAACGUCGACGCAGCACAGAUAGCGAGCGGUGGAUUCGAAUGCCAAAUGAGCAGGAUUCGAGCGAGACACAUACCCAUGUACAGAGUAAUAGCCCCGAUAUGAAGCCCCAGCCGGACGCGUUCGAGAUGAGGCCUAUGCCGCGUAAUGCUAUCGCUGUGCAGAGGGAGUUUCAUACGAGUGUUGAGGACCGAGGUUUCCAAAGGUAAUGGACCGGUGGAUUGAGUAUUUCACCAUUUGUCUUGGGUCUAGACGCUUGAAUGCGGCCAUGUUCAGCCCUU